CAGGUGACUUGUCACAGAAGUGGUUGGUUCUCGCCUAUACACGAGAUCGCGCUUGCUAGACGUGCCUCACAUACCAGCGAACCUUCAGACGGGGAGCCGGCGCGAUGCACCGCAAUAAAGCAGGCCUGCAUGUAUAUGGGAUACGGCGCUUCUUCUCAGGUGUGCUAACUGCUGACAAGUGAAUUAUGUGUCUGUUUGUUGAACAUACUUAAUCCCCAGUAAGCUGCUGCCACCGGCAAACAGUCCAUGAAUAAAGGUGCAUGGCUCGUUCGAUAAACAGACACCGGCACAAUAAUAGGAGAUUGUUCUUAAAUAUCAGCCAGACGUGACUGCUGCAGUGUUGGUUGUUGGUUGGAGUUUUUUCCCCUUCAAAUUCAUGUCAUGGAAGGUUCCAUUGCUUUAAAGGAUAUUAUCAAGUGGAGCUAAGAGAUUCUGUUUCGUAGCUAGCUGUGAUUUAUUUUGCCGUCUGCUGACACGACGGUAUUGAAGCGUAGUGACACCGGGUUAGCGUUUCCCUGGAUGUCUUCGCUCGACGAUUAGACUGUUAUCUCACACUGUGGCCGCGUGCGUCUAGACUGUCUGCAUCACCAACGACGUACACGAAUAUCACACCAGACGUUGUACUUGCAGUUGCUGGGCUUUUUGUUCUUGUGUUUGGUUUAUAGUAAUGUUGUUAAGUGUUGAAAAUAAUUUCAAGGAAGUAUUCAUGAAUUCAAAAAAUAAGUAUAAAACUGACCACAAAAACUACUAGUAAUUCGUUUGCUAUGAUUUUAAAGACAUUUGUGGAGAACCUGUAAAAAGUGUUUUUUGUCUGAGAAACGACGAUCAUAAUUUGAGACUUGAAUUAAUAUACCAGUGUCAAGGUAACGCGCGUGUGUUUGCGUGUGGAAAGAGUUUGUGAUCAUUAUCAUAAUCUUCAUCAUCAUCCUAGGUAAUAGGUUGUGAGACCUGUCGGAUAAAGCUAUACAUCUGGGCAGGUGGUUAUGCCUCGUGUAAGACCCAGGCUUGGUUCAUGACAACACGAUGCAAAUGUGGUUGCCUGUCGCUGCCUGUCUGCUCAUCGUCGGCCAACGGGCACAUUUCGCUGAUGGCGCCGAUUACGAAUACAGCUACUAUGGGGACGAUUACCUGAACGGGGACUACCCGCGGGACUGGAACCCAGACUGGGCCGCCAUGGUGAGUCGGAUACCCAGGCCCAAGUGCAUAGACAUCCCGGAGAACCUGUCCCUGUGUCAGAACAUCGGAUACGACAGGAUGCGCCUGCCGAAUCUCCUGGACCACGACUCGCUGUCUGAGGUCACCCAGCAGGCCAAGUCGUGGGGGCCUCUGUUGGGCAUCCACUGUCACCCCGACACCAAGCUCUUCCUCUGUUCCCUGUUCUCCCCAGUCUGCCUCGACCGACCCAUCUUCCCGUGUCGUUCUCUCUGCGAGAGCGUCAAGUACUUCUGUCUGGGGAGGAUGAAGGCCUACGGGUUCGACUGGCCCGAGAUGCUGAGGUGUGAGAAAUUUCCCGUUGACAACGAUCUCUGCAUCAAGCAGCAGCACCAAGUGAAACCGUUUACAAACGGAGCUAAUAAAACCGCGGGCAAUUCUUCCGAUGGCUUUAUAGUUGAUAACAACUGCAUAGCGUGCAAGCACCCAGUUACAUACGAAGCUAUUAUCGAUAACUUUUGCCAAGCCGACUUUGUUAUCCGCGCCAGAAUUGAAGAGCUCCGACCACUCCUUGGUUACACAGCUUUGAUACUGAAGAGGAAAAAGAAAUUUUAUAAAAAGAAGGGUGUGGCGAAAAAAGACCGAAAAACGCUGAGUCCUUUGAUCGAGCGUGGCGGACACUGCCGGUGUUUUCACGCCAACAACACCAAAACUAAGUUUCUCAUUAUGGGCAACAAAAAAGAUCACAACUUUAUGUUGUCGUUCAUUAUUCCAUGGCAGAAGAGGCACGUUCCCUUCAAACAAUCUCUGAAAGCAAUCAAACAGAAGAAGGAAGAUUUGUGCAAGGAUAUUUUCCAUAAGAUUUCUGCCGGCGUCGCCGACAGACCAGAGAAGCGACAGCGCGGAAAGAAAGGUAGAAGGAAAAAGAAGAACAAGAACAAGAACAAGAAAAAUAAGAAAAAGAAAAACAAAGAGAAGAAGGCGAAAAAAGGAAAUAAAGGGGGCGAUAAUAACAACAGGAAAAACGGGAACAGAAUAAAGUGGAAAAAGAAGAAACGGAUGAAUGGAAAGCCUCAUGAAAAUGUUUAGUAGAAACCUGUAGCGGAUACAGGAAUAUCGGGGUUUGGAGUUGGUGAUGUGUGGUGGAAGGGGGUGGAGGGUGCCGGGGGAGUUGGAAUAUUAGGUUUAUAUCAGUAUAUUCUUUAACAAUAUGUUGUUUGGAUUUCCGACAUUUUGGAAAUGGUAAUUUAAGCAAUUUUAAGACGACUUUAAAAAGCUUUUAAUUUAAAUCCGAAGACAAUUUUAGUGGCCAUUUAAUUGUUUGGGGUUUUUUAAUUACAUAUAACGCUAGUUCAAGACGAACUUCUCAAUAAUGUACUAUGGUGUUGUGAUGGAAACAAAAACAAAAGACGUAAUCAACCAAGACUUCUGUGGUUAGAAGUUACAGUAUGUAGUAUGUUGGGGUUUUUUUAUGUCCACAGUGCCCGAAGAAUGCCAAAGGAUACAAAUAAAGUGUGUUUUGUGAA